AUGUCCGGGGCCGCGACACCCCACGCGCCUACCUCGGCGCGAGCCUCACUCCCACCCACGGGCUCUGCGACACCAGCUCUACCACCCCCAGCGCCAACCACGCCAGGCCUCCCUCCGCCGUCGACCUUCGAUAUCCUCCCCGACCUUCACAAGCUCCUCAAACGUCUUCUCGAUACGUCCGCUCAGCUGCCGACCGCUACGCCCACUCCACCCCACCCUUCCACAGAGGGCCCGCUUGAGAUACAGCAUGUCGCCACGGCUGCGAACGACAUCCGCCUCAAGAUCCAGAAGGCAAGACGCGCCGUCGUGGCCCUGCCGGACAUUGACAGAACAUGUGAGGACCAGGAGGACGAGAUCGAGGACCUCGAAGCACGCAUUGCGCGAUUGAAAGCUUCCUUAAGGGAACUAGGCCGCACAUCCGCAGAGGCAGAGGACGGAGAUGGAGACCAGAGUCACAUGUCUGUCGAUUGCAUGGACGCAUUAGACCUAGCCCUCGCCCAGGGAUCUUAA